CUAUCUCUAGUUUAGUUGGUUCAUAAGUCGGUGCCUGUCAGCCUCAGCUGAGGGCAUAAUGGAUCCACGUCUUUUUGUCACGUGACUCCUUCCCAAAGUUGGUGACGUCGCAGAACAACAAAAAUGGCCGGACUAGGAAGCAGCAACUACUGGGAAGAUUUGAGAAAGCAGGCCAGGCAGUUGGAGAAUGAACUGGACCUGAAGCUGGUCUCAUUCAGUAAACUGUGCACCAGCUACAGCAGCUCCAGGGAUGGACGGCGAGGAGACACCUCAGAUACCACCCCACUUCUCAACAACUCCACUCAGGACAGGAUGUUUGAAACCAUGUCUGUGGAGAUUGAGCAGCUUUUAGCCAAACUGACCGCCGUGAACGACAAGAUGGCAGAGUACACUAACACACCGGGCACCGCUUCCCUGAAUGCUGCCCUCAUGCACACCCUCCAGAGACACCGAGACAUCCUGCAGGAUUACACUCAUGAAUUCCACAAAACCAAAGGCAACUUUCUGGCCAUUCGAGAACGAGAAGACCUUCUAGGUUCUGUCAGGAAAGACAUUGAGACGUACAAGAGUGGCUCUGGGGUCAACAACAGAAGAACCGAGCUGUUUCUAAAGGAACAUGAACAUCUAAGAAACUCAGACCGACUAAUGGACGACACAAUAAGCAUUGCCAUGGCCACCAAGGAGAACAUGACUUCUCAGCGGAGCAUCCUGAAAUCCAUACAGAGCAGGGUCAACACCCUGGCCAACCGAUUCCCAGCGAUCAACAGUCUCAUCCAGCGAAUCAACCUGCGGAAGAGAAGAGACUCGCUCAUCCUCGGCUCUGUGAUUGGCGUCUGCACCAUUCUCCUCCUCCUUUAUGCAUUUCACUAGACAAAGGAAGAAAAGUCAGUAAAGGCGUAGGACUGAGGGAGUCCUCUACACUGAGCUCAAUGUGUGAAGGACCACAGAGGUUGUGGGGCAGGAAGACAUUCACACAGUCCAGUCCUGGGACAGAAACUGAAGAGCUGUGGGACAGAUGAAGGGCUUGUGGGAUUGCUUUGGUCUCCUAAUAAGAUACAAUGUAAAAAGAUGGAUACAUGAAUAAUUUACAUGGAGAAAAAUGUUUUUGGAGCAACUAUGGAGUUAAGUGUUUCUUUUUUUUAUGGUUCUUACUGAUGGAGAGGGAUGAUAGUUGGUCAACUGUAAAAUAUCAAUGGAUAAAUUAUUCAUAUUAUCAUAAGUAACAAAUAAAAGUGUUUAACUCUG